AGAAGCUGGUGUGUGUAUGAGCGGAUCUCGCUUACCUCUGUGGUACCUGUGUAGUCUUACUCCCCCCAUUCCAACUCCCUUUCUUACAGACCUGUGACCUCGGAAUUAUAUUUCUAGCACUUAUACCUGCUACUUUGGAUAUUUGCUGCUAACUUUUGGAUGUUUGCUUGGAUAUUUCCACUCUGCUAGUCGCACUGAACCUUUUAUGCCGGUUAUUAGAGUGAGGGAACGAUUAGAGUCACCAUGAAACUUGGAGUCCCGUGUGUUUUAUGGGUCACUUGCCAGCAUGACUGACAUCUGAAGUGAACUGGCGCCUAUCUGACACCUUUGCUAAGACCUGGGCUAAAAUGGCUUCGCUUUCAGAGUUUGUCAGUGAACCCAUCGGUAUGAUGUCACAGACUUCUGCAGCCAGUGAAUCCCAGUGCUACUACAAUGAAACCAUUGCCUUCUUUUACAACCGGAGUGGAAAAUACCUAGCUACAGAAUGGAAUGCAGUCAGCAAGCUGGUGAUGGGACUCGGAAUCACAGUGUGUAUAUUCAUCAUGUUAGCCAACUUGCUGGUAAUGGUGGCUAUUUAUGUCAACCGGCGGUUUCAUUUUCCUAUUUAUUAUUUAAUGGCCAACUUGGCUGCUGCAGACUUUUUUGCAGGACUAGCUUAUUUUUACCUAAUGUUUAAUACAGGACCCAACACCAGAAGAUUGACUGUAAGUACGUGGUUGUUGAGACAGGGACUCAUUGACACUAGUCUGACAGCAUCAGUAGCCAAUUUGCUAGCCAUUGCCAUAGAAAGGCACAUUACAGUAUUUCGAAUGCAACUACACACCAGGAUGAGCAACAGAAGAGUGGUAGUAGUAAUUGUUGUUAUCUGGACUGUGGCCAUUGUCAUGGGAGCAAUACCAAGCGUUGGAUGGAACUGCAUCUGUGACCUUGAGCACUGCUCGAAUAUGGCUCCUCUCUACAGUGACUCCUAUUUGAUCUUCUGGACUAUUUUCAACCUGGUUACUUUUGUAGUGAUGGUAGUUCUCUACGCACACAUUUUUGUAUACGUAAGACAGAGGACUAUGAGAAUGUCUAGGCACAGUUCUGGCCCUAGGAGGAAUCGUGAUACCAUGAUGAGCCUUCUGAAAACCGUGGUCAUUGUUCUAGGUGCUUUUAUAGUUUGCUGGACUCCUGGCCUAGUGCUCUUACUACUUGACGUAUGCUGCCCUCAGUGCAAUAUACUCGCUUAUGAGAAGUUCUUUUUACUUCUGGCUGAAUUCAACUCUGCUAUGAACCCCAUUAUUUACUCCUAUCGUGAUAAGGAAAUGAGUGCCACUUUCAAACAGAUCCUUUGUUGUCAGCGAACAGAGAAUGUAAAUGGACCCACGGAAGGUUCUGACCGCUCAGCUUCAUCUCUCAACCACACUAUAUUGGCUGGUGUCCACAGCAAUGACCAUUCUGUCGUUUGACAAGCAACAAUACAUUUCAGAAAUCAAUGAUUCUGGGGCGAGAUGAGCCCCUUUUCUUUAUAGCUGAAAGCUGCCAAGCAAGCAUUUGGACAGGAGCUGUGAUAAUACAUACAUAAUAAUCCUGAACACUAACCAGCUAAUUCAACCAUUGCUGAAGUCUGAAGAACUUUUGGAAAUAACACCAACAUAAAAUAUGCCAGACUCUAAGAGAAAAAAAAACAGUUUUCCUGUAUAUGAUACCUGUGUCAAACUUCUACAUUUUGAACCGCCAUUUAUGUAGAGGACUAGGUCUUUUUUUAAGAUAUAUUCCAUUAAAUAAACCAUACAUUUUUAGUCCCAUCAGCAUGCAUGUGAUGGGCGUUGUUUUGAAGUGACUUUAUAACACUUGUGUAGCUGCACUGCCUUAAAGUAAAAAAAAAAAAAACAGAAAAAUAAGAAAUUUGAUAUUUUUCUAAUAUAAGCAAAAGAAAUGUGUUAAUUUUGUGUGUAGUCUUUCUCCGUUAUAUGAAGUUUUAUUAUAUAUAUAUUAUAUAUUCAUAUUUUUUAAACUUUUCCUAGUGCAGAGGCAUUUGUACAGUUUGAAGGAAACAAAAAAGCCUUUAAUAACCCAUAGACAAUAAAACAGGAUAAAGCAUAUUUGUUACUUUAGUCAAAUUUUGUGUAACUUUUUGUGUGUCAGAUUGCCUAACAUGGCUCCUAUAAAUUAUGAGAUGUGACCGUACUAGUCUAAAGGGAUCUUUGCCAGGAUUUUUUUUUUUUUUUUUUAAGUACUGUGGAGCUUAGAAAUAUCCUAGACAUAUCUCAUAAGGUUGUCUUCAUAAAUGUACUAUUAGGUGAGGCACGUAGAUCAUUAUCCUAUGGGUCGAUUCUCUACUCAUUCCUUGUGUUAUUUUCCACCACAGUAUGAUAUAUAAAUUCCUACAAUAAAACACUUCUACUGCUCAUCAGCUUCCCUUGUCCUCUACAAGGCCCAUUGCAGGUUCAUAAUGAGCAUGCAGCCUAGUGUUGAUAACCACUUAACUGGCUGGAGACAGACAAAUGGUUAAAAUGAAAUGAUUUCGCCAGUCACAUCCUCAUUACUAUAGAUUUUUCAUUCCCUACAACAACAGCAGAUGAUAGGAUUAUUUUCAAGUAAUCCUAUUUUAAUGUAUACAAUAUAGGCCGUGGAAAUUAUGAUCUAGAGAUCUUCAGGCAAAAGCCAGUCUAAACAUUUUUAAGGUUAAAAAUUCAUCUGGAAGCCAGCAGCCAGACAGGUUUCAGACAGGCUUCUUUUUGUUUUUCUUAGAAAAAUAAAAUAUACUACAGAUUUUUUUUUUAUGAAGCACAAAAAUGCAAGACAUACUUUUGUAUUUAGUAAUGUACUCUGUUAGGUUUUCUAAUUACUGUGAUUUUUUGCACUGAAAUGGUGAAAUAUUAAUCUGGUUUCAUUACAUGUGUUUUUUGCAUAACAUGAUAUGUGGGAAAAAAAAUUGGGGGGGAAUUAAAAUAAAAUCUAAUAGAAUAAUAUCCACUUUGGGGAACACCAACACAUUUCAGUCAUUAUUAAAACAUCACAAAGGGGCAUUCUAAUUGUGAUUGUGUUCCAUCUUUUCUGUAUAUACUCCCCAUUAUAAGUAAUUAUAUUACAUUCAAAAAGGAAAUGAUUGCAGCAAAUAAGCUCUGUAGUGGGAAAAAAUAAAUAUUACUGGUUGCCUUACAGUGCAUUUAAGACAUGGUGGUGGCCCAAGUCUACUGGGGAAGGGACAUGGACAUACACUUACAGACCUUUUCAAGAAACGAAAGGCUUUCUUCAUUCUAUCAUUUGCGUUUUUUUGAAUUUUUAAAAAAUCAUGAUAUCAAACAUUUUUUUUUCUUCAGCUGUUACUCUUCUAUCUUGUCCAACCAACUCAUCAUUUUAGCCUUUUGCAUGGUUUUUAGCCAUAAUUCAGUGUAACUGGCGGUCAUCUCUAAUGACUUUAUCUUGUACUGAAUGAAGUAAUUGAUACCGAAGAAGUAUUUUCUGGCUUAUGUGAUCUGUAAAACAAAAACUAGAACAUGUACCAAUGCACAAAUGUUUAGAAAAAGACACACACUGAAAAAAUGAUGUCUUCUUUAUUAAAUUGUUGGUCAAGUACAUACAUUAUCAGUAUUCAUUUAUGCUAAGAGGCACCACACCCAUCUACUUUAGUUUUAUAGUAAUUAUCAGGCUGAAAUGUAUUUGCUACGUUAUAAAUAUAUACCAAAACCAUGGCAAGAACCCUUGCAAAAUAUAUUCUUUUUAGCAUAAAAAUAAACAUUAAUAUUUAUUAAGGUGCACAUGUAACAUUAAGAUUCCACCCACAGUUUGUACAUAAAUAUCUGAAAUAUUUAUAGAUCUCCUUUAUUUUUUUUUAGUGUAUUUUAUCAUGUUUACAGUUUUUCCGAAACAAGAUAGUCUACGUGUCAUAAUUCCAAAAGGUAGAUCCCCAUAUACGUGUAACUUCAAAAUAAGGGGGUUUCUAGAAACAUGUUGAUCUAAUUUAGCCGCAGUUAAUAUAAAUAUAUUGUCAAAAAAAAUCUAAUCAGUACUUUUUUUUUCAAGCAAGUUCAAUAUAAGAAAAAAUAUUAAAAUAAUGAUGGUGGAUUUUUUUUGUAACUUUUUGAAGGGUCACUAUGAGCCAGUAUAUGUUUAUGUUUACAAACUGAAUGUGUAGCAUAAUACAGAAUUAUCAGUACAUUUAACAAUGGGAGGUUCACAAAAGUGGAGUUUAAAAAAUGGUAAGUUUCAGUUUUUGUUAUAAUGCCCAACUCUACCCUAUAGGUAAAGUAACUUCACCAUAUUUAUUAUUUUUUUCUGGCAUUGUUUAUUGUCAUAUCAGUAAUUCUAUUUAUUCUAAGAAAUUGGCUCUGAUCAAAUUGUUUUAAAUUUACGAAUGGUACAGUUAUUAAAUCAAUACGAUUAGUUUUGCUAUGA